AUGGCGCAAGGUUUCUUGCAGCCAUAUGAUAGAAUGGAGGAAAUUGGCAAUGAAUACUUCAAUAUUUUGGUGAACAACUCAUUUUUCCAAGACUUGGUACUCGACAAAGAAGGCAAGGUAGCAAGAUGUAAGAUGCAUGAUAUUGUUCAUGCUCUUGCAAAGGCUCUCCCUUUAAAAUUGAAGAAGCUACGAUCUUUGAUCUCUGAUUCUUUACGCAUUAGAAUCCCCAAAAAUCUUCUCACGAGUGCAAAUUGCCUGCGGGUUUUGAUUUUAGUGGAUGCUGGUUUAUCUGAACUACCCAACUCAAUUGGGUGUUUGAAGCAUUUGAGGUAUUUAGAUAUAUCUGAAAACGAUAUCCUGAAGUUACCUCCUACUUUGGGGGAACUCUACAAUUUGCAGACGCCAAGACAUCUUGAAUCAUGUUUUCGUUAUCUGUCUACAUAUACCAUACUUCCCAAACAACUCUAUAAACUUGUCAAGCUAAGGCACAUAUGCAUCAAUAAUGAGGUUUACGCGGUUCUGCAUUUACCAUGCAACCUUGUUGAGAUGAAAAUUUAUUACUGCUACAACCUGAAGGAGCUUCCAGCAUCUUUUGUGUUCCCUUUUCUCAAGAUAUUGGUGUUUUGGGGGUGCAACAAUCUUACAUAUCUCCCGGUUUUUGACAGCAGAAAUUCUCUCGAGACACUGCAGGUAGGCAGAUGCCCUUUGUUGGAAGGUAUACCAAACAUUGAGCCUUUAACUAAUCUAUGCAGAUUGGAAAUACAUAACUGCAUGAGGAUGACUAAUGUACCCCAGGGAUUAGCUAGCCUUUGUAAUCUUACAGAAUUGGAGAUUGGUCCAUUGUGUCAAGAUCUCGAUUUUUUUCCUUUCCCGGAGGUCACUGGUUCUUGCGCGGUUGCAAAAUCCCUUCAGAGUUUGUGCUUUAUAGGCUGGCCGAAAGUCGGAAAUUUACCUGACGAACUUCAACAUUUUACUCAGCUACAAAGAUUAACCAUAAGCCAUUUUGCUCGCGUGAAAUUUCUACCAAAUUGGUUGGGGAACCUCACAUGUUUGCGAACUAUAGUUCUUGAGGGUAUGGAAAAUCUGAUAUGGUUGCCUUCAAAAAAUAUGAUGCAGAAAGCUACCAAAUUUGUGGGUUUCAGCAUCAAACCUUAUCAGUGCCCAAAGUUGAAAGAAGAAUGGAUCUCUGGACACAACUGA